AUGUCAGAAGGUCGUCCCGCGCUCAAACUCACCUUCGGCAAGAAGAAGGCGCCGGAGGAAGCAGCUCAGAAUGCGCCCGCUCCGGCGCCUUCAACUCCUGCCGCUCCCUCGACGCCCGCUCCAUCCGACACGCCUCAACGCAAGCUCACCCUGAAGAUCGCUCGAAAGCCAACCGAACCUACCGAGGAAGAAAAGCCCAAGAAGAAGAAGCCGUCCAAGAAGCGACCCGCCGAUGGACCCGUCGUGAAGGAAGCAGUCGCCGCGGAGCAGCAACAAGCCGGUCCCAAGCGUCUGAAAUUGAACCCAUCCAAGAAACCGGGCGUGCAGUCGAUUCGAAUCAAGCAUAAAAGCCUAAAGCCCACGAGACCGGUAGGCGUAGGCUACGACUCUGAAGCCUCGGACGGGGAAGCCGAUCCUUCCAUCGAAGAACAGUUUAUCCUGCGCAUGCCACCGGGCGAUGAUUGCGAUUAUCUACAUAAGCUGAUACAAGAGCGACGUUUUGAUCAGGGAGAGUUCUCCUUCAAGCCUCUCACUCGCGAUGGCAGACGGGCUGUCAUCAAGAUUCGAGACAAACAGUAUGCGGCGUCUUUGGUGGACUUGCCGUCUGUCUCGGAGGGCAUGAAGAGUUGGGAUCGUCGAGGAUGGUAUAAAUCGGCCGAUAUCUGUCAGAUGCUGCUCGUCCUGGGUCCUAUUGCCACCGACGCGGAGGCCAUGGAUUAUCCGCUGCCUAGCGAGAUCGAACACGUCGAAGGCAAGAACUUGCAGUAUCCGCAUGGAUUGACUCCGCCCUUGCGCUGGGUGCGGAAGCGCCGAUUCCGCGAGCGCACCAGCACUCGAACCAUCGAGCAGGUCGAGAAGGCGGUCGAGGAACUGAUCGCCCAGGACGAUGCCUCGGCGUCGGCUGUUCGUUACGAACUAAUCGAUAGUGCGUCGCUCAACCGCGCCGAAGGACUUGUCCAGAGCGGUGACUACGAUGACUACGAUGAAUACGACGAUGAGCAAGACGCCGAAGGAGAACUGGAAGAGACGAUGGAGGCGGCCCCGUCUUUCGAAGACCUGGAGGAUACCCUCGUUGCCGAGAUGGAGGCUGCCUUGGCUGCAGGUGCCGACGGCGAAACCGCAGUGGCAGCGGCCGCCGAAGCCGUGGCGCCUGGAAGCGAAGGCGCGGUUUACCAAGCCGGUACACCUACUGCGACCAAACCGUCGACCCCAGCGGCCGAUACGUCUGGCGACGAGAGCGACGUGUCGGACGGUGAGGACGGUGAGGAGCCGGAGGAUGAAUUGGACGACGAGCAGCUGGAGCGACAACGACAGAUGCAACAGCAGCGCGAGGAAAUCACCGAACUAGAGAGCUUGAUCAGUACCGAGACGGCGAAGUGGGAGAAGAUGCAGAAUCACAUCCUGAAGAGCAAGCUGGCCAAACGAAUUCAAGACUUGAAGCGAGACUUGUCUUUGAAGAAGGUUUCGGUGGGCGAAGGCGAUGACGGCGACGAUUGA